AUGGCCUUCCAAUCCCGACAAAAGGGUCCAUGGACACCGUACCACGGAUUGUUGACAGGAAUGUCACUCUGUGAUAUCAUCUUUUCGGUGACGUUGGCAGCUGGUAGCUUUUUGUUUCCAAAAGAUACGUCGGACAAAUACUGGGCCCUUGGGAAUGUACCCACCUGCAAUGGUGUGGCAUUCAUGACACAAUUCAGUUAUUCUACGAUACUAUACAACGCCAUGCUCAGCUUUUACUUUCUGCUGACGGCGCGGUAUGGAUAUAGCAACGAGGAAAUUGCAGCAAGAUUUGAGACGAUAAUGCAUGUAAUUUGUCUAUUUUGGCCACUGGGGACGGCCUAUGCGGGUCUGUAUCUGGAUUUUUACGGCGAACGGGAAGCCAACAUGGGGUGCUGGGUGCGUCAGGACAUUCCGAGAAAUUGCGGCAGCAUUGAACAGGGCAAAACUGGGGAAGAGUGUCUAGGGAAGCUGCCAUUGUUUCUGUUUGCAGGACUCAUUUUCGUUCCUAGCUUCAUUGUCAUUGUGAUCAACAACCUACGUAUAUGGUGGUUUGGUAGGAAAGAAGUCGAUAAUACUGACAACCAAUUGGCGGUUCUAAGAAAGGCCACGAUAGCCGAGGACACGGAACCAGAAACCUCUGCAUCUGGAGACUUUGUGGAAUAUUCCUUGCGGACUACUAAAACCCGUGAUGUUCGGAUCACCAACAAAGAGAAACGGCUUGCGGAACUGAACAGGCGACAACAACAGAGGCUCAAGUUACUGCGAUCACAAGCAGUCUAUUUUGUGGCCAUCUUCCUUAUUUGCAACGUACCAACCUACGUGCUUCGCUUCCUCGAGGCUAGUACCACAACUGAGAUUGGAUUCAAGGAGUUGUCCUAUCGAUACUUUCCGCUUUUGCUCUUGCAAUCCUUUCUUUACCCGCUUCAGGGCUUGAUGAACAUGUUUGUUUAUCUGAGGCCAAAGUUCAUGACUCAUCGGGCAAACUUUCCAAUGCAGUCAAAACUGUGGGUAUUUCGGCGGUCUGUUUUUGGUUCCGUUAUUGAACCGAAAGAGGUUGUAGUCUCUCAUGAUAAAAAGGAACAAGAAGCCGGAACGGACAAGGGGCAAGUUUCCAAGACUGGGGAAGACUCGAUCUCAUCACAUUACGAUUUGAACUUAUCAACAAGUAAGGUGCCCCUCGAGAUCAGGCAAAAACAAGUACAAGUUAGUUUCAGGAUGGACCCGGACUCUAUAAUUGACGAUUCAGAAAGAACGUACUGA